AUUGACCGUUUAAGGGCAAGAGAACUUCUUUAGGAAAUCUACCAGCAGGCAAAAUAGUUAAGAGCAGAAGGGGUGGGAAAGAACGCGCAUCAAAUCAUAGCAUUGUUCUAGUAAAUGGAUGCUUUAUUUUCUGUCAUUUUUGAUGUGACUGUACUGAUUCUGUCCAUGAUAUCAUGGUCGAUGAAGACGAAAUAUUCUGCUUUUUAGCAAAACCCUUUGGAUUAGCCAUGUCAAACCUAUUGUUAAAUACUUGAUGGGAAAAAAAUUAUAACUCGAUGCUUCUUUGAAUUUCUUAGCUAAUCUCAAUACUAAAUUUCAUUUUUCAGUAAAGGAGAUGUUGAAUCCAGUAGCUUUGUUCAGAUCAACUUCAUCUCGAUCGUCAUUAUCGUCAAGGAUUUUAGUGAGCUCUUCAACCUCAAGAGAUGAAGACUAUGAAUGUAUUAGCAACUUCCCUGAAGAGUCCUGCAUGUUUACAGGGAAUCAUCAGUCAACCCUGGAAAAAUUAUAUGCUUGGGAGAAAAAACUUUACCAGGAAGUUCGGGCUGGUGAACGCAUUCGAAAAGCAUAUGAAAAGAAGUGUGCACAACUGAGAAAUCAAGAUGUGAAAGGAAAAGAACCUCCUCUUUCUGAUAAAACCAGAGAAUCCUUAACUGAUCUGCAUACCCAAAUAAAAGUUUCGAUUCACUUAGUGGAAUCUGCCUCUAAGAGAAUUGAAACAUUAAGGGAUGAGGAACUGGAGCCUCAGAUAUUAGAAUUAGUGCAAGGGUUAGCAAGGAUGUGGAAGGUUAUGGCUGAGUGCCAUCAACUACAGAAAUGUACUCUAGAUGAAGCCAAGAUUUUACUGGCUGGAAAGCUCUCAACAUUUUCAGCAACAAAGAAAAAGAAAAUGUCACCUUCCAAGCUACAAAGGCUUGCCAAUUCAGCUGCUAAUCUCGAGACAGAGCUCACGAAUUGGAGAGCCUGCUUUGAGACAUGGGUUGUUUCUCAACGCUCCUACGUGCAUGCAUUGACAGGAUGGCUCUUGCGCUGUGUCCGUUUGGAUCCUGACACAUCGAAAUUACCGUUCGCUCCUCAUGAGUCCUUUGGGGGAUCAUCAAUGUUUAACAUUUGCAUCCAAUGGUCCAGGUUCCUUGAUGCAAUCCAGGAAGCUCCGGUACUUGGUGGACUCGAUCAUGCAGUAACAGGUGUUCGUUCCUUAUAUGCAACACAAGUACAGGAAGAUUCUUGCAGGAAACUAAGUCCUUCAAAGAGCUGUGGAGGGGAACGGGAACCUGUAGGAUUUGUGGAGGUUGGCCAAUUUGAAGAUGAAGUAGCGAGUGCAGAAAAAAUGGCCGAAGUAGCCAAUAGAGUGCUUUGCGCCGGAAUGUCAGUAGCCAUGAAUUCACUGACAGAAUUUGCUUUUAUUUCAGCUGAAGGAUAUGCUCAUUUGGUCAAGCAAUGGGAGAAUGCCAAACAGCCUAAGAGUUCAGAUACUGGAAACUUGGGAGAAUGCCAAACAGCCUAAGAGUUCAGAUACUGGAAACUUGGGAGAAUGCCAAACAGCCUAAGAGUUCAGAUACUGGAAACUUGGGAGAAUGCCAAACAGCCUAAGAGUUCAGAUACUGGAAACUUGGGAGAAUGCCAAACAGCCUAAGAGUUCAGAUACUGGAAACUAAGUAGUUAUUUAUUUAUUCAUUCAUUUAUUUAUUUUUUCGUGGCAGUAUUGUAGGAAAAUCAAUUAAAGUCAGAAAUGAACUUAAUGAACAGAGAAUUAGAUAUUGUUUCUAUUUAUUCAAUUUGUAAUAUUCUUUUGGUUCCAGAGAAGAUAUACGAAAAUAUGGUUUUAGUUCUAAAUUAUGAUGA